UGCCACAGGUGUCACACUCCGGGGGGAAACAGUGGACUGCGGGUCCAGCUCCAGCGGCGCACUUUUAAGCAGGUUCGAAGCACCUGCGACGUAUCAUGUCCUCUUAGUUCCCCCAUUUGUAACUUCCUUGUUCCGCUUAAGAUACGCCGAGGCGGAUGUGAUUGUUCCACGCGCACUGAGCCACACAACAAAUUGUGAUCUUCAAGUAUUGCUCGUCCAGCAGUGCAAAGCCGGCGCCACAGGUUAGUCUUGUCGGGACAGGAGCUGAGGAUUUCGGACUCCUCCGUUUCCCUGGUUGAAAAGUCACAACCGAAUCAGAAUCAGCAGAAUUGGACACAUCCAGCCCCGUGGAAAGUUUCAAAAUGGCUCCCAUUUCCACUUCUUCUUUUUUGCGGGCCUUGCAUAAAGUGACCAUCAUGCUGGCUGGAAUCAUAGUCCUGUUUUUAAUGUACUAUAAGUCUUUUCCAUCUCCAAGAUGCCCCCCUCCCCCAAAGGGGCUGACAAGGCAUACCAACACGUCACUGCCAAGCAGCCUCGCAGCGAUGGAGAAGACUAACAAACCUGUUGUGCUGCUUUGGUUUUGGCCUGAGCACAAACAAUUUGAUUUUCAACUCUGCAAGGAUUUAAACAUCAACAGCUGCCACCUGACGGAUGAUAGAUCCUUAUACUCCCAAGCUAAUGCAGUUGUGAUAUUUCACAAAGCUAUCAAAGAUGACCUGUCCAACCUUCCCACCACGCCAAGGCCCAAAUUCCAAAGGUGGAUCUGGUUUAACAUGGACCCACCCACCAGCACACGCAAGAUACCAGGCAUCGAAUCCUUUUUUAAUUUAACCUUGAACUACAGGCGGGAUGCAGACAUCCCUGCUCGCUGGCAACUGACCGUCAAGAAGCAAAUAGAUAAGGAAUUUGAGCUGCCUAAAAAAGAUCUAUUGGUUUGUUGGAUUGUGAAUGCAACUAACCUUAACACAGGCACAGAGGCUAGAUACAGCUACUACCGUGAGCUUGCAAAACACGUAAAGGUGAACAUCUUUGACAGCUCCUCUGCCAAGAACUUGAAGGGAGAAAAAUAUUUCAUAACUAUUAGUAAAUGCAAAUUCUUCCUUUCCUUCGAGGAUUCAGUUCACCCAGAUUACAUCACAGAAACAUUCAAUGGUGCUCUUUCAGCAGGCACUGUACCAAUUGCUUUGGGCCCACCCAGAAGCAACUAUGAGAAUUUUUUCCCAAGUACUUCCUUCAUACACAUAAACGACUUUUCUGGUGCCUUUGCACUGGCUGAGUAUCUCCUCAAAGUGGAUGAGGAUAAUGAGGCUUAUAUGAAAUACUUUCAAUGGCGCCGAUUCUAUAAUGUCAGACGCCAUUUUAAUGAGGAGAAUCAAGAGUUUGCACACGCUGUCUGUCAGGCAUGUCAUCACAUAGUCUUAACCAAUGAGUUCAGAGUUGUACGUGAUCUCUACAAGUGGUACUUAAUUUGAUUCUCUCAUUUUCAUAGUUAACAUGUACACAGUCUCACUAUAUUCUUGAGAAUGUAAUUAUCAAAGUUGUUGUUUUGUUGUUGUGUUAAUUUGAGGAUACCAUAAAAUAUCACGUAUAUCAUCUAAAGCUGCUUUUACACAUGCACUGAACUCGGGAGACCCUCUGGAGUUUCUCUGGAGGAGGUGAAUGCAAAUGUCCAAGUGAGAGCCUCGAGAUGUGGGGGGGUCAAUGUACAAGAACAUGUGAUCUCCGCAGCAGAAUGAAUACGUUACAUCUUGCCCCUGCCUGCUGCAACACCCCUGCCGAGGAUUUGUUGCUGUUGUGAACGCCUCUAAGCAGAGAAUCUCCUGCUGCGUCGUGCAUGUGUGAAAGGAAAAGUGCGGAGAAAGUCCGUACCCAAUACUACGGUGAUCCUCCGCGGGACAUAAAAUGGCUUAAGAUACAGUCUGGCAGUUUUCAGUUGUCCAUCAGGGAAUGCAUUUCUGGCUCUCUAAUGUAUUGACUCUUGUAUAUUUUUGCAAUGUAUCUACUUCAUUAACAAACUCUGUGUUUUGUGUGUUAUUUCUGGAGUGGUUAAUGAGUCUUUAAUGAAGCUAUUUGUGCCACA